CCGAUCUUACGCGGAACGUGUUGGAUUUACCACAUGACUAAAAAGAUGUACUUACUUUCAAUCAAGGAUAUUAAAGUAUUUUAAGACCCAGAAGUACGUGGAAAAUAGAGUCCGUUAUUCAUGUACUUACAAUAUUCUCAUAUAACAACUGAGUCCCCAGAGAUAGGGGAUUGCCGCAUAUUCCGGACCCUAUCCUCCAGGAAUCAUCUUAUGUCACGAUGCAAUAAAGAAUAUUGAAUUCUGGACCCUGAUAUGCAAGAAAAGGAGAGAUAAUACUGAUACCCUGGCCAUGACUCCCAUUCCCAUGGAUAAGAGACAUGAGGAAAGGCAACGCAAGGUGACACGGCCGUUGACAGACUACGAAAAAUGGCGUCUUGAUUACGAACCAGACUACAUUCUGUCCGAUAACCCCGUAUACGAUUUUCAAGAUGAUACUUUUGCUGAAAUUCGAGAUUCAGUCGAUUCUGAAGCGCUUAAUCCACUUGAACCUUCAGGAGGACAUCAUCAAUCAGUCGAGACAGAAGCUGCAUUUGAUCAUGAUAAGCCAAGCCAGCUAGUUGGAAAUAAUGAGAAAGCUGGUAAGGGUGAAUUCAAAUAUACGGCAACAAUUUCACCCCAACUUCACGAUAUUACGGGUUUUGCCGGUUAUUUAGGAAUAAGACCUCUUCUUGCAGUGCUAUUUAUUCUGCUAGCAUUAGCAGCAAAAUCCAGGACCACAAAAGCUCGAUCAAGGAAAGAAGACCGAGCUUGAAUGCAGAGCAGGUAAUCAUCACAUACGCGAGUGUUCUGUGAUGAGUUAGCAGAGCUACAUAUAUCACUCAAAACGCACUACUGCCGAUGUAUUAAACCUUUAACAGUAACAUGGCAAUGAAUACACGAUUCCUGGUGGUAGGAAAAUGUACCCUAACGAGACCUUCCCAUCUUGGGACUGAUCAGUUAGCUACGUAGUGCAUUGAAAAUAGUGCCAACAAACUGAAGAAAUUUUAAGUAACACAAAGGCUGGCGGGUGAUGAUCUACAGUCAAAAAGUG